AUGGCAUACUUUACUGUUGUGUCAAAUCAUGGUAGUUAUAGAGCAACUUCUCAUGAAUUCAAAUUGGUUUUGCUUCACCGAACCACUGUUGUAGCUGUUGAUGAAGAUGUUAUCCCUAAGACUUGUUUCAACAUUCUUACAUUGAGAUGUGCAUUGUUUGGAGACUAUGUUAAUCAAGUAAAUCAUUUCCUUGCCUCUGGCUAUGUGGAGCAGCCUGUUGUAGUCAUUCAACUUGCAAAAGUCAAGUUCUUUAGGGGUCAAGUAGGCCUUCAAAAUGUGAUAUAUGCCACUCAAAUGUUAUUUAAUCCUGAUCUUCCUGAAGUUGUUGAGUUCAGGCAGAGGGUGAAUGGUACCCAGCCACUGUUUAUUGCAAAUGAGGGUAAAGUUGUGUCCUUAGAAGAUGAUUUCAUGCGUUUAACUAGAAAAUGCACCAUUGAAGAGCUUCAAGAUAAGAAUCAGGAGGGUUCUUUUAUCAUUUUUGGUACAAUCCAAGGUAUUGUUGAGGAUGGAGGCUGGUGGUAUUCUGCUUGUGUGUGUGGAAAGGGUAUCUAUCCUCAGAAUGGUGUAUAUUACUGUGAUUUCUGUUUGAAGCACAUAACCAAUGUCACUCCAAGAUUUAAACUUAAAAUAACAGUUGAAGAUCAUAGUGGAGAGGGUAUUUUCCUUCUCUUUGAUCGUGAGGCAUCUUAUUUGCUUAAGAAAUCAUGUGCUGACUUGUUUAGUGAGGUCCAAAGAGAUGCAAGUCUUGUAUGUGGGGAUACUUAUCCUCCCAUUUUCCAAGGGCUCAUUGGAAAGAAGUUACUGCUGAAGGUUGAUACCAAAGGUAUCCCACAUGAUACAUUUUAUGGCACUUUCCGAGAGCCUGAUUUACACAAUUCUGUCCCGUUUGGAAAAGGGGAUAUUGGUAUUAAGGAGGAGUCAUCAAAGACUUGUAUGAAAAGUGAAAAAGUUGCUGGGUCUGAGUUUGCUGCCUUAAUUAAUGGUGAAGAUGGGAAAGAUGAGAAAACACCCACCAAUGAUACUGAGGUGCUGUCCCAUGUUCUCCAUGCACGUUGCCAAUAUGGAGAAAAGCUUACUCAUGACAAUGAUGUUGUCACCUCCAAGGGCAAGAGGAAUUUGAAUUCCCAAUUUGAAGAAGCGGCUACUGUUGCAGAUGUGCGUGGGUCCAAGGUUGCCAAGGUUAAUGGGGUGUGA